GACAGUCUAAACCAGUGAUGCCUCAUUUGGUUUUGAUAAGCCUCAUCCUUGUGUUUUUCAGGUUGGGGGAAAUGACAGAUGCCUUUCUGACACAAUACAGACUCCCAGGAGCCACAGCCCCAGGAGACAUCAUCAUUGAAGGGCUCUUCCCCAUCCAUGUGGCAGUGAAUGACAACACAAACAGAUUCUCUCCGCCUCAGCGUUCAAACUGCACCAGGUUUUACACAAGAGGUCUAAGUCAGGCUCUUGCGAUGAUUCAUGCUGUGGAAAUGGCAAAUAGAUCCCCCUUGUUGAGCACUUUGGACAUUGCGCUUGGAUACCGCAUCCACGACACAUGUUCUGAUGUCACGACUGCACUAUGGGCUGUCCAGUAUUUUACACAGUCACCCUCUGAAUGUGUUUCAGCAACAAACUCUUCCCAAAGUGUCCAGCCCACAAUGGCUGUAAUUGGGACGUCUUCCUCUGAGAUAUCCAUUGCAAUUGCUAGAGAGCUCAACCUCCUGCUAAUUCCACAGAUUAGUUAUGCAUCUACGGCUAUCAUUCUGAGUGACAAAAUUCGUUUCCCUGCUUUCAUGAGGACCGUCCCCAAUGAUAUGUACCAAACCAAUGCCAUGGUCAAACUGCUGAAGGACAAGAAAUGGAACUGGGUUGGCAUUAUCACUACAGAUGGAGACUAUGGGCGUUCUGCCAUGGAAAGUUUUGUUGCCCAGGCCACAAUGGAGGGAAUUUGCGUGGCUUUCAAGCAGAUCCUACCUGACUUACUUACAGACCAAAAAUUGAACACCUCAAUCAGCCAAACUGUGAACACCAUCAUAAAUAAUCCUAAAGUUAAAGUGGUGGUCUCAUUUGCUAAAUCUGCUCAGAUGAUGUCAAUAUUCCAGGGUUUGCUAGGGGAAGCUUUGCAUGAUAGGGUGUGGGUGGCCAGCGAUAAUUGGUCGAGCGCCAAAGACAUUCUUAAAGAUGAACGCAUCUCAGAUAUCGGAAAUAUACUGGGCUUCACUUUCAAGAGUGGAAAUGUUUCAUUCUUUCAUCAAUACCUCAAUGAUCUACAGUUUGGCAGUGAAGCUGAGAAGAACAAUUCAUUCCUGAAGGAAUUUUUACUGCAGCCUGAUAUAGGAAAUACCAGAAAAGCCAUACAGGAAUUGAUAAAAAACACAAAUUCAGACAUGGUCUUCAGCAUUCAGAUGGCGGUCAGUGCUAUUGCUGAGGCUGUGGCAGAACUAUGUUCACAUCGAAACUGCAAGAGCCCUACAUCUCUCCAGCCCUGGGAGCUCCUUGCACAGUUGAGGAAUGUCACUUUUGAAAUGGAGGGGCUAAAGCUCAAAUUUGAUGACAACGGUGACAUUAACUUGGGCUAUGAUGUCUCCUUAUGGCAAAAAAAUGGAUCUGAUGUACACACUUACAAAAUAGCUGAAUAUUAUCCAUCCAACAACAGCUUCUCUUUAAGUUUCACUUCCAGCACGAAACAAAUUGUUUUUGAGAAUGUCGUAUCAAAGUGCUCCAACAGCUGUCAGCCAGGGGAGUUUAAAAAGACAGCAGAGGGCCAGCACACAUGUUGUUAUGAGUGCAUCAGCUGCCCAGCUAACAGCUACUCCAACCGCACAGACGCAGUCCAGUGUUUCACUUGUGACACUCACAGUGAGUGGUCAAAUGCUGGAAGCUCAAAGUGUAAUCCUAAAACUUUUGAGUACUUUGAGUGGAACAGUGGGUUUGCUAUAGUCCUCUUGACCCUGGCUGCCGUCGGCGCCCUCUUCCUCGUCUUAGUGUCUGCACUAUUCAUCUGGCAUAGGGACUCUCCGGUGGUAAAGGCUGCGGGUGGACCUCUCUGUCAACUGAUCCUUUUCUCACUGCUAGGCAGUUUUUCCAGUGUUGUGUUCUUUGUGGGUGAGCCGAGCGAUAUGACAUGUAAGGUGAGGCAAGUCAUCUUUGGACUGAGCUUCACGCUGUGUGUCUCAUGCAUCCUGGUCAAGUCCUUGAAAAUCCUUCUGGCGUUCCAGAUGAACCUAGAUCUGAAGGAGCUACUGUGCAAGCUCUACAAGCCAUAUGUGAUCGUCUUCAUCUGCAUGACAGUGCAGGUUAUCAUUUGCACCCUUUGGCUGCACUUGUGCCCUCCUAAAAAAAACAAUGAGGAGCUCCCCCAUGUCAUUCUGAUGAAGUGCCAAGAGGGCUCAUAUGUGGCAUUCUGGGUAAUGCUGGGAUACAUAGCUUUGUUGGCGCUUGUGUGUUUUAUUUUUGCAUACAUAGGCAGAAAGCUUCCGCAGAUGUACAACGAAGCCAAGUUCAUCACAUUUGGCAUGCUCAUCUGUCUCAUGGCCUGGGUCAUCUUCAUCCCUGUGCAUGUCACCACCACUGGUAAAUACGUACCAGCCGUGGAGAUGGUUGUCAUUCUCAUCUCUAACUUUGGAAUCCUGAGCUGCCACUUCUUGCCAAAAUGUUACAUAAUUAUUUUUAAGAAGGAGCACAAUACCAAAGACGCAUUUCUAAAGAAUGUCUACGAAUAUGCCAGAAAGAGUGCUGAGAACAUCAGGAGCCUGAGUGGAACUGAGUCUGAGAGUAAGACAGAGAGUUCCAUCUACACCAUAUCCACUCCGUCACUUUUGAUGCCUGAGGAGGCACUUCAGGUUUCGGCACAGAAACCAGAUAGAAUGACUCAGAAUCAUACAACCACAGCAGAUUCAGCUAAGAGUCAAAAAUAGUAGUCAGGGCCACCGUUUUGAUGUAACAUUCAGAGCUAUACAGACUCAAUUUCCACAUUUGUAUACCACAAUCUCUUAAAAUCCAUACAAGAGAGCUAACUUAAAAGGAAAAGUUCAUCCAAAGAUUCAAAUUUUGUCAUCAUUUACUCACAAUGUUGUUCCAAAUUCCAAAUCCAUAUGACUUAUUGACUUCCGUGGAACACAAAAGGAGAUGUCAGGAAGAAUGAAUGUCUCAGUCACCAUACACUUCAACUGAAUCUUUUUCAAUACAAUGAAAGUCAGUAGUGAGUCAUAUGGGUUUAGAACAACAUGAGAGUGAGUACAAGAUGAUGCAAUUUUUAUUUUUCAGUCAACGUAUCAGUUACUCUAAAUAAUGAACGUGUUUCCUCCUAUACUUUUAUUUAAAUGUGGAAAAACAAACAAUUUGUUUUGCAUAUUGUAUAUACUGUAUAUUCAAAUAAAUGUUUCAUUUUGCCUAACCCUAAUCAUAUAUCAGAUUAAAAAGAUUCAUAUGAAUUGACAGAUAACAUCUCCAGUAAACACAUUAAUACCCUUUCAGGCACCUUCCCUGAAAGGAAGUUUCACCAUCUUGACAUAGUGACUUACUGUUUCUCUUGGCUACAGGCCAAAUUAAUCAGUGAUACUUUGAGUGACAAUGAGAGUGCCAGGGGCCGUUCAUCCACUGUUUUAUGUUCAGCUUUAAUCUGUGCUCUGCGAGAAGCUUGUGACUGUGUCUGUUUGGUGUUGAGAACUGCCCCAAAACCUUGUCUAAGGUACACAAAUAGGCUGUUUUUAACUUCUUUUUUUUUUUACAUCACUCUCCUAAAAAUGGUUUGUGUACGAAUUACUUACGAUGAUGGCUUUCAGUUACAUAAUAAACAAAAAAGGUAAAAGUGCUCUGCUUAAAGGGAUAAUUCACCCAAAAAUUGUAAUUCUUUUAUCAUUUAGUCACCCUCAUGUUGUUUCAACCCCAUAUUACUUGUUGAGCAGAAUUGUAGCCUCAGUCCCCCUUGACUUUCUUAUAUAUUUUUGCCCUGAAAGUCAAGGGGGACUGAGGCUAACAUUCUGAGCAAUGUCUCCUUUUGUGUUCCAAAGAGUAAAAAAAAGUCAUGUGGAGAGUAAAUGAUGACAGAAUAAAUUUUUUGUAAAAAAAAAAACAAAAAUCUUAAAUAUAUGUUAAAUACACUCACUGAGCACAUCUGUACACCUACUUAUUCAUGUGAUUAUCUAAUCAGCCAAUCGUGUGGCAGCAUUGCUGUGCAUAAAAUCAUGCAGAUAGGGUUCUGGAGCUUCAGUUAAUUUUCACAUCAACCAUCAGAAUGGGGAAAAAAUGUGAUCUCAGUGAUUUCGAUGGGCUGGUUUGAGUAUUUCUUUAACUGCUGAUCUCCUGGGAUUUUUACGCACAACAGUCUCUUAGAGUUUACUCAGAAUGGUGCCAAAAACAGAAAACAUCCAGCGAGCAGCAGUUCUGUGGAUGGAAAUGCCUUGUUGAUGAGAGAGGUCAACAGAGACUGGCCAGACUGGUUUGAGCUGACAGAAAGGCCACAGUAACUCAGAUAACCAUUCUGUACAAUUACAGUGAACAGAAUAGCAUCUCAGAAUGCACAACACAUUGAACCUUGAGGCGGAUGGGCUACAACAGCAAGAUAAACGAUGUCGGGUACUUUAUUAGGACCAUAGUGUUCCUAAUAAAGUGCUCAUUGAGUGUAUAUAAAUCUUCAAUAUUAAGGUAACUUCAAUUAAAGCUGAAGCUCAGGAAAUGUGUGUAAAAUUAAAAUGUAUUGUACUAGUUUAUGACUAUCAGUAUGAUUAUUUUAAUGGAUUUACAAUGUAAGCCAAGUGACAAAAUACUAUGCAUUAAUAUGGCGCUAUAUACUGUACAUGUUAUUAUAGACCAGACUUAAAAUGUAUACAAAAUGUUACAUGGGGUCCCUGCAUGUCUCUCUAUCCGCCAAGGGGUCCUUGGUCUGGAAAAGAUUGAAAACCUCUGGUUUAGUGGAUUGAAUGAUCUAGUGCAACACUGAAUCUGCAUAUUUUUAGAUGUAGAUAUAAAAAAAAUGUUUUUUUUAAUGACUUUUUUUUACUUGCAUGUGUGGCAAAGGAAGGUGAAUGCAGACUGUUUAGGCUUUUAUUACCCUGAGCAUUACAUUACAGCCUUCAGUAUCAAAUGUCAACCAGUGUGAGAAAAUAUUUACUUGAAAUAUGAGAGAGGGUGCAAAUGUGCAAUGCCUCAGAAAUAGCACUUUUGCAAUGGUUCUAAAAAAUGUCUUUAAGUGAUAGAUGAUGAGUCAAUCCUUUGUUGUUAUGUCUGUGAAACGUCAUAUGGACAAGUAUGCAAGCAGACAGUCGAGUGAUUAUCGCCAAGGGCAUGCAUUUUUCUUGGUUUUACAGUUGUGUGGUAUUCCCCUCUGAGAACCUGAAUGUCCAGUUUUUGUCAACUGGACGUACUUAUUUCCCUCAACAAAAAAAAAAAAAAAAAGAUUUCUAAGAUUUUUAUAUAACAUUAAACUGAAAUUCAUGCUUGAGAUGCAUAUCGCUACAACGGGUACAAUUAUUUACCCAUUAGCCAAUGUUGUCAGAUAAUACUUCUGACCCUAUAUAGUCACAUUUUUUCAAGAUUGUUAAGACAUUCUUAACAUGUAUUCUAAGUUACAGGGUUUUUAUUUUUUACUUAUAUAUAUAUAUAUAUAUAUAUAAGCCAGAAACUUAUGUCUGUAAAAAUUUAAAUCUUAUUAAAAACAUUUUUUUUUUAAAUAAUAAAAAAAAAGCUGUUUUGUACAUAUUUUGCUUCUUAGUCUCUUGAAUAUUCAGGAUUAUGUUGAUUUCAAGCUUGCUGUUUAAGAACAGAAUUUUUGCCAUGAUUUGUUUUUAUUUAUUUUAUUUUUUACAUA